AUGUCUAAUCAACGAACAACAUCCAGUGAUGAAGAUUCACUUCUGCAAGAUUAUAGUCGAAAUGUAACAACUAAAUCAUGGGUUUUAUUCUUUGGUAAUGCUGCUGUUGUUUCAGCUAUUCCACUUUGGCUGUUCUGGCGUAUUCACCAAAUGGAUAUCACAUCUUAUUUCAUUCAUUUUAUUAUUGGUACAGUUAUAAGUACAUAUUUUCUCAAUUCUGCUUAUCAAAAUAUGAAAUUUAUUUUAAAACAUAAGAUCGCUCAAAAACGUGAAGAAGCUGUUAAUCGAGAGAUAAGUAAAAUAUUUGCGAAUGAUAAAAAUGCAAAUAAAAAGGAUAAAGAUGAUCGAAUUUUAACACGUAAAAAUGAAGUAGCAGAUUUUGAAGCAACAACAUUUUCAAUUUUUUACAAUAAUUCAUUCUAUCUUGUUUGCCUUAUUAUAUUGUCAUUUUUUGUGUUAAAAAAUUUUUCACCAACAGUUAAUUACUUUUUUUCUGUUGGUUUAUCAACUGCAGUUGUUUUUCUUUUUUCAACGGGAGAAAAAUAA